AUGUCCUCAGCCAUCGAAACAGCCAAUUCUGCUUUGAGUACUGCCGUUAUUCUCGCCAUUGCUAUUCCUUGCGCUGUUGUUGGUGUUGGACUUAUCAUAUGUAUCAGUAUCUGUAUCUAUUGUGCCUGCUGUCGUAAACCUAAAACAACGCCCGGAAUGAUAUUGCAACCGCAAGCUCCUCAAGUUCAACCGGAUGUCUACAGUACUCCACCGAAUACGGUAUAG